GUUUCCAGAAAAGUGCUGGAAUUGUUUUUUGCUCCCAUGUAAAAAUUUUCCUGUCAGCUACUGCUUCAAAGUUUUGAUCUUUCUCUUGAAUUAAAUUAUUGCUUUUAUUGUUUGCUAUGGGUGAGACAAUUUUAACAUCGGAGGCAGCUUCAAGUUCGUCCCAGUUGAACUCCUCAUCCCGUAUAAUUUGUCGGGUUUGUCAAAAGCAAUUUUCGCAGUAUACCUGCCCUCGAUGUAAUACCCGUUAUUGUUCUCUUCCUUGUUACAAGUCUCAUAGUCUUCGUUGCACUGAAUCCUUCAUGAGAGAGAAUGUCAUGGGGGAACUACAACAAUUACAAUCAGAUGAGGGGAGUAAGCAAAAAAUGCUGGACAUACUAAAACGAUUCCACUCAGAAGAUGAAGCAGACACCAUGGAUGAAGAUGUUUCCCCGUUGUCUGAGGAGACUAUUCAAAAAGUUCUAUCUGGAGAGGAGAUAAAUUUUGAUGAUUUAUCUGUUGAAGAAAGGAAACAUUUUCAAAGAGCCGUGGCCUCAGGAGAGUUGAGCAAAUUGAUUAAACCCUGGGAGCCUUGGUGGUUGAAGCCUUCUGCCAAGAAUAUAUCUCUUGGUCAGGACGGAACUCAACUUGUCCAACCACUUGUGAGGGAGGAUACAGCUGUGUCUUCAGAAAAUGACAUAGAAGGUGGUCCGUUACACGACAUUCCACUUGGCCCCAACUCUCCAUUACCCUCAGUUAGUAAGCUCAGUGCAGCUGAGCCUUCCCCUUUGUUGGCUGUUCACCUGGUUGACAUCAUGUACAGUUAUUGCUUUACUCUUCGUCUCUACAAUGGUGAUUGGCAAUCAGAUCCCAUAGGAUCAGUCACGGUCUUGUUGAACGUCUCGUCUGUUCUUGGUCAAGGGGGGCAACCGGAGACACUGCUGGAAGCUCUAUCGCAUUGCCUGGAGCAAACGCGUUCACCGGCUUUUAGACACAUGGGUGGCCUACAAUUUGUGUUGGGGCUACUCAAUGAUACAAUAGCCCUUCUUCAUCUCGAGGGUCCAGCCUUAGUUUGCUUACUUUGCGAUCUAAGGAGGCUAAUUCAACAUGCAGAGAAGGAUUUGAAGUCAGAGAAGCCGCGCAAGUCCAGAAGUUCUGAAAUCAGAACGAAGCUCAAGUCUGCUGAAAGGAAGGUUUAUUUUAUAAUGUGCUGGGCUCACGAGCAGCCACGAGAAGCAUGGUCUUCCUUAGCAGCCAUUGUCGAGGCAGAGAAGAGCCGAUUAAUGGAUGUCAUAGGGAGUAAGACAAGUCUUCCAAAAAUGGAGAAAGUACAAAAUGAGGGCAAGCCUCUGAUUAAGGAAAUUGAAUAACUGACUAUUCUUUCAUGUAUUCCAGAGUUCCUGUUGCCUGGAUUUUUAUGUCCUACUAUUUUCUCUUUGGAAUUUUAUGCAAGUUUCUGAAACAAAUUCUUUUUUAA